UGUUGGCUCUUCGUUGUUUCUGCAGGCAGAAUCAGGAUACUGGAUCGUUUUCAUCUGAAAAGGGAAAUACGUUCAGGAUGGACUUCUCUAAGCUGCCGAAGAUCCGGGAUGAGGAAAGGGAGAGUCAGUUCGGUUACGUGCACGGAGUGUCUGGACCUGUGGUGACGGCCUCCAGCAUGGCAGGAGCUGCUAUGUAUGAACUGGUGCGUGUGGGGCACAGUGAACUGGUGGGAGAGAUUAUCAGACUGGAGGGAGACAUGGCGACCAUUCAGGUGUAUGAGGAGACCUCUGGUGUGAGCGUGGGCGACCCAGUGCUCCGUACUGGAAAGCCGCUGUCGGUGGAGCUGGGCCCGGGAAUCAUGGGCUCCAUCUUUGAUGGUAUCCAGCGCCCCCUAAAGGACAUCAACGACACUACCCAGAGCAUCUACAUCCCCAGGGGAAUUAACGUGGGGGCCCUGAACAGAGACCUCAAAUGGGAAUUCUCCCCCUCCAAAAAUCUGAGAGUCGGCAGUCAUAUCACCGGAGGUGAUAUUUAUGGCAUGGUGCUUGAGAACUCCCUCAUUAAGCAUAAGAUCAUGCUCCCCCCACGGAACAGAGGCACUGUCACCUAUGUGGCCCCCCCUGGUAACUACGACGUCUCGGAUGUGGUGUUGGAGCUGGAGUUUGAGGGCGUGAAGGAGAAGUUCUCCAUGGUUCAGGUGUGGCCCGUGCGACAGGUGAGACCCGUCACCGAGAAACUGCCCGCCAAUCAUCCUCUUCUGACUGGCCAGAGAGUGCUGGAUGCCCUCUUCCCGUGUGUGCAGGGUGGAACUACAGCCAUCCCCGGAGCUUUUGGAUGCGGGAAAACGGUGAUUUCCCAGUCUCUGUCCAAAUACUCCAACAGUGACGUCAUUAUCUACGUAGGGUGUGGAGAGCGUGGAAACGAGAUGUCAGAAGUACUUCGUGAUUUUCCUGAGCUGACCAUGGAAGUGGACGGGAAGGUGGAGAGUAUUAUGAAGAGAACAGCUCUGGUGGCCAACACUUCCAACAUGCCUGUGGCUGCCAGAGAGGCCUCCAUUUACACAGGAAUCACUCUGUCCGAGUACUUCAGAGACAUGGGUUAUAACGUCAGUAUGAUGGCUGACUCCACCUCUCGAUGGGCCGAAGCCCUUAGGGAGAUCUCUGGCCGUCUGGCUGAGAUGCCCGCUGAUAGCGGUUAUCCUGCUUACCUGGGCGCUCGUCUGGCCUCGUUCUAUGAGCGUGCCGGUCGGGUGAAAUGUCUCGGUAACCCAGAGAGAGAGGGAAGCGUGAGCAUUGUGGGGGCUGUCUCGCCCCCUGGUGGUGAUUUCUCUGAUCCAGUGACCUCAGCCACUCUGGGUAUUGUACAGGUGUUCUGGGGUCUGGAUAAGAAGCUGGCUCAGAGAAAACAUUUCCCGUCCGUGAACUGGCUAAUCAGUUACAGUAAAUACACGCGAGCCCUGGAUGAAUACUACGACAAGCACUUCCCCGAGUUUGUUCCGCUCCGCACCAAAGCCAAGGAGAUCCUACAGGAGGAGGAGGACCUGGCCGAAAUUGUACAGCUGGUCGGCAAGGCCUCAUUGGCUGAAACUGACAAGAUCACACUGGAAGUGGCCAAACUGAUCAAGGAUGACUUUCUGCAGCAGAACGGAUACACUCCCUAUGAUAGGUUCUGUCCGUUCUAUAAGACCGUGGGCAUCCUGUCUAACAUGAUCGCGUUCUACGACGCGGCGCGGCACGCCGUGGAGACCACCGCCCAGAGCGACAACAAGAUCACCUGGGCCAUCAUCCGCGAGCACAUGGGAGAGAUUCUCUACAGGAUCAGCUCCAUGAAGUUUAAGGACCCAGUGAAGGAGGGUGAGGCCAAGAUCAAGGCCGACUACGCCCAGCUCCUGGAGGACAUGCAGAACGCCUUCCGCACCCUGGAAGACUGAAUUCCUCCCCCGUCCCCUCACUCCCCGACCUCUGACCUCUUCACGGGGGGCAGUGCAUCCCAAAAUCUCCACCCUCCCUCAAAAAAAUCCGUCGGUCCAUCUGUCUACCUGUCGGCGGUUCGCCCGAGUCCGCGGACACACAUUCCAUUGUUCUGUGUUUACAUUGUGUUGAUACUACUUAAACCAGUUAAACCCUAUAUGGACCCCACGCACGGUACUUGACCUGUUCCAUUGUGAGUCUCUGUGUGUGUGUGUGUGUGUGUGUGUGUGUGUGUGUGUGAGUGAGUGUGUGAGAGAGAGACAGAGAGAGAGAGACAGAGAAAGUUGUGGUCUCACCUAGCACUGUCCCCUUUUGUUCCCCUUUACCCAUUUGUUUAACUUCAUUCUCUCAAAUCCCCAUUGUUGGAGACACCAUGAAAAAAAAAAUGAUGUUGAUGUAAUUAUCAUUCAUUUAUCCAUCUGUACAGAAAACUGAGCGACGUAAUUACUUUAGCAGAUUAAAUAUAGAGUGAAUAUAUUUAUUGCGGGGGCGACUCAUGUUCAUGAUGCCCACGUUGUUUUCUGUUGUCUUCGUUGUUUUCUAAAAGAGUGUUGUUUUUCUCUCUGGGUUUUUUUUUUUUUUUUUGCUGUAUUGUCGUGUAUUGACUGUAUGGGUGAGCGGUGUUCGUGGUUUUCAUUCUCUGCUCUUGUGACGACGUAUUCGAAGCUC